AUGUACUCGGAAAAAUUGGUUCAGAAGCCUGGUGAAGGAACUCUCGUGUUCUCGAAACUUGACGAAAGCGAUGCCGGAACGUAUCAGUGUCAAGCCAUUAACGACAACGGCACUGCAGUCUCGUAUCCUACAAGGCUAGAACAAACAUGUACGUUUUCUCUGUUAUUCAGUGACCGAUUUCCUUUGAAUUCGUUUACGGGCUCACGAUUCUGCGCACUUCUCCUUCUUGUAUGGUUUGAAGAAUGA